ACUUUCUAGCUUUGGAGGGGCCGGAGGGAGGCGGGGCAGAGACCCCCAAAGUGGGCUGAUCCUUGAGCUGUGUUGCAGGGCAGGCUCCCAGUUGGGUAUAUAGAGGUGGCAGAAGAAGGAAAAAAGAAAAGAGUGGGGACUCUUUUCUCCUCUCCCCGUUUCUUCUGCGUGGAAGUUUGGCAUCAUUUCACUGCAGGAUGAAUGAAAUGAAAGUAGCCGUUUUGGGCAGCGAAGGGACUGGAAAAUCCGCUCUUACUGUGCGAUUCCUAACCAAACGUUUCAUUGGAGAAUAUGCCUCUGACACUGAAUGCAUUUAUACAAAGCAUAUGUGUCUGGAUGGAAAACAAAUUAAUCUGGAAAUAUAUGAUCCAUGUUCGCAACCUCGGCAAGGGAAGCUGUCCCUUACAGAUGAGCUCCACUGGGCAGAUGGCUUUGUCAUUGUGUAUGACAUCAGUGAUCAAACCUCUUUUGCUUUUGCAAAAGCAUUGCUCUACAGAAUACGAGAGUGCCACAUGGGAGUUUGCAAAAAAGCUUCAGAAUCAACUAUUGUAUUGGUUGGAAACAAACAAGAUCUAUGCCAUAUGCGGGAAGUUGGAUGGGAUGAAGGACAAAAGUUGGCCCUGGAUUACAAAUGCCAAUUCUGUGAACUAUCUGCAGCAGAACAUUGUCAGGAAGUAACAGCCAUGUUCACAAGAAUUCUAAAGAAUGUCACUUCCAAUUCCAAAGGGAAAGAAAAGAGGCGGCCGAGUGGUUCAAAAUCAAUGGUUAAACUGAUCAACAACAUGUUUGGGAAGAGGAGGAAGUCUGUUUAGCAAAAUUCAGGUUGAGUCUGUGCAGAAAAAAGGAAUAAGAAAAAAAGGAGUCCUCCUAAUCCAUAUGGAGAUCUUACCAAUGUGUUUGCAGGCAGAUGUGGGACUUAGGGCCCUUCCAGAAAUAUCAAAAUCCCAAGAGAAAUUAAUAUAAAAUACAGGGCUUUGUCCUCACUCCAACCCGCAAACCCCGGCUUUCCCUCAAGGGUAUGGGGACUGAUGAGAUUUUGUACUAAUACCAUGUUUCAUCAGAUAGUGGUCACACUUUUCUGCUUUUUGCAUCACAAAAAUAGGUGCAACUAUUACCCAAAAGGGAAAAAAUAUUGCCUUUGCUUCUCUAGUUUCUAUUGCUUUUUAAAAAAAGGCCCCUCACUUUUAGAGAUCUAGACUUUAGCUUAAGGUCUGGAUCUUUCGAGGUGUUUUUUAAACCUGGAUUAAACCAAAUAAAUUCAGUUUACUCCAGGUUGAAACUGAUUAGCCUGAGGCAUCAUCUGGACACCUCAGGCUAAGCCAUUUUAAGUCCGAGUUUUAGGGCUAUGUAGUAGGGCCCUGACUCUCCCUCUAACAAGUAGUGAUGACAUCAGGCAAUAUUAAAGUUUUGUCAGUAUGCUGGUCUAUGACCAUAAUAAAGGUUUUGGAUUUUGAUAAAGAUUUUGAUUUGAAAGUUUUGUCAGUCAUUUUCACUCCAGAUCCAGAUGAUAAUUAUCAUUUGAUGCUCAAACAUGGCAGCUUUUAUCCAGCCAUUUCUUAUGAUAAAAUCCCAUUGAAAUUGGGUUAAAAUUAAUCCCAGCUGAUUCUAGUUGGAUCAAAAUCAGCAUGGGUGAACAAGGCUGAAAAGGACACUUUAUGAUGUGACUAAAUCAUAGUGACUCUAAACCUUUACACCUAAAUCUAAUUAUUAGUCUCAACUAGAACAGAGCCAUUGUAUCAUUUUUGCACAUUAACUUGAUUCAGUAGGGGUACUGUAGUAUGAUCUUGGAUUUAGGCCUUUGGAUUUAUUAGAGCUUUGAGUUUAAUUUGUUUUCUGCAUUUAAUUUUAUUUUACUCUAUGUAGAUUGUAAAAUACUUGAGGCAGAGAUUGUCUGUAAUGAGCUAUAAUGUCCAAUUCCAUUUCACUUUUCUUGUACUUUAUUAUCAAUAAUUUAUUUCCUUGUAAUGUAUUUUACUGUCUUUUACAAAGCUAUGUGAUUCUAUGGUCAAGGAGUUAUUGGCAAUCCAGGCCAAUACUAUAGACCUAAUGAGAUACUCAUAAGUAAAUUCAAAGAACAAAUGUAAUGGUUUCCUCUUUAAGAAGGAGUUGUUUAGCAUAUUCUGAGAAGCAAUAAAAAAUAAAUCCAGGCAUGACAUUGUUUUGAGUUUUCAGUGCUCCUCAGUAGCAUUGUAAGUUUUCAAAGAUAUAUACAGAUCUGAACUGUUGUAUACAAUCCACAGUCCAAAAUGUUGUAUAUUUCCAGAGAAAUAUAUUGCAGACAUUUGAAACUUUGCACUUUUCACCACUUGUCAAAAUAUGCAAAACUGCUCCAGUGAAACAAGUAUUGGAUGGACUAUGUUGUCUAUGUUUGUAGAAACAUGCAAUGUCUUUUUUAAACAUGGCUCAGCAAAGAAUAUUUUCCUGUUACACAAACAUGAAUUGUGAUCCAGAGUGUUCCAAAUAUACAUGAAAUGUUCCUUUUCAUUCAUUGGAAGUUAUAUAAAUAUGAAGCUUC